GCCAAAGGUCUCGGGCCGCACUCCUCAAAUUAGUAUCGACGAUAAAUAAACAGCAAUAUUUCUUAUAAUCCUCCCAAUUCUCGACCUGCUUGUUCUUCAAUUCUCCCUCACCUCUGCCCCGUGCAAUUAUACCCCCAAAAUGUCAACACCAAAUCCCAUCGCCACGCAGGCCACCCCAAUUCCCACCAUCUCUAAAUCAACCCUCCCCAUCGCGGGCCUGCACGUCGAUAUCUACGGCCUCGCGGAGCUGCCGCCUUCGGCAACAUCCAUAUCCUGUCUCUGGCUUCACCACCCACGCCUCCAAUCGAAAGAAUGCAUGACCGAUAUCGCCUCGCUCUCCGUCAAUGCCUGGAAUUCUCACUCGACCCCACUUCCAUCAUCAUCGUCUUCGUCACGAGGCCUAAUAGCCGUCGCCUUCGACCAGCGCAAUCAUGGCACCCGCCUCAUCAGCGCCAUCGCCAAUGAGGCUUGGCGUAGUGGGAACAAGACCCAUGCGCAGGAUAUGUUUGGCACUAUCAGCGGGAUGGUGGUCGACACGGGGAUAUUGAUGGAUUUGCUUGAGGGUUAUCUUUUUGGCAAUGGAAAUGGCCCCGGAGCGAGUGUAAGUGGGGUGGAAAGGAGGAUCGACCAGCAUUUGGCGCUAGGGGUUAGUUUGGGUGGGCAUAGCGUCUGGCAGCUUAUGUUUGCGGAGCCGAGGGUUUGUGCAGGUGUGGCAAUCAUUGGGUGUCCGGAUUAUAUGUAUAUCAUAUCAGACCGUGCACGCCUGUCCAGGCUGGAUACCUACUCGGCGGUAGAUAAUGGCGCUUCGUUCCUGGGUAGCAAGGACUUCCCUACUGCGCUGGUACAAAUGUGCAAGAAAUAUGAUCCGAAGGGAAUCCUGUUCGGCACGGAUGAGAUUUCCUACCCGACUUCAGAAGCGGAACAGAAGAGGCUGGCACCGUUGCUAGACUCGCGGGUGCGGGGGAAGAAGUUCCAGGUCUUGUCUGGAGGAGCUGAUAAGCUUGUGCCCUACGCCAAAUCCGAGCCGUUCUUGAAGUUCCUGAAAGAUGCUGCAGGAUCUUGGUAUAACGGCGCCAUCUCGGUGGAAGACAUUGUUUACGCGGAUGUUGGACAUGAGUUCAACGCUGAUAUGAUGAAGGAUGCUGUGAGGUUCAUCGUUGACACGGUUUCUGUCGCUGAAGGGAAGGUCUUGCCGAAGAUUUAAGCAGAAAGAAGCCAAUAUACCAAGAUAGGCAGAUUGCUUUAGGUUCUCUGCUGUGACUCCAGAACCAUGAUAUUAGC